GUUAUAUGAUAUAGCGGUUAUAUCGAAUUAAUAGAAAAUUUAUAGUCUUAGAGGAAAUUAUUUUGUAGGGAGAAACGUUCGUCGAAUCCUCCUCCUCCUCUUCAUUCCCUUGAUCGCCGUCGUAUGUUCAGUUCGGAUCCACUCUCGUCACAGCUUCGCGCGAGUGCCUGCGUCUUUGUAUGCUUUCUUUACAAUGAUAGUCUCUCUUGGUUAUAAGAUUCGUUUCUUGAUUUCGCGAAAUCACGGCUCGUCUGUUACGUAACGUGUUUGUCAAGUAGUAUUCGCCUAGGGUUUGUUGCACAUGCAAAUGUAAAUGUUGGAUCCGUUUUCUUUAUCACGAUCUCUCGUUGUAUUAUUUGUUUGAGUAGCUGCUGCGAGUGAUAAUAUAGAAUGGAGGAAGAGAGAGACGAAUCGAGGAAAAGCAGGAAGGAGAAGGAGAUGGAAAGGCGGCGUCUAAGAGACAGAGAGAGAAGACAAUCUAUGAGCCAAGACGAGAGGGAAAGGCAUUUGGCUCGGCGCCGCAAGAACUACCAGCUACGAAGGCAGAGAGCUGAGGUAAGCCGCAUCGGCUCUCAGAUCCAAGAGAUCACCGGAGAAGGGAGCCAGUUAGCUGCAGUCAUCUCGCCUCUUCAUUCCGGUGACAGUAGUACUGUCCCUUCCUUGUUUGAUUCUGAUCAGAGUGUGGGAAUAUCAGUGGAGGAGUUCGGUAAACUGGUGGGGACUAUACGACUCAGCCGUGUGAAACAUCUGGCGAGGACACUGAGAAAGUGGAGUAAUACUGGUGCAGAGGCAAGCAGCAGUUCUGGUGCAACAAACGCAAUGACAAGAUGUGCAAUGUCAAGUGGGCUACGUCUGAGUCGAGUGAAACGACUGGUGAGAUCAAAGGGCCAGCAGGAGGGGUUGUUGUCUCAAAACUCACCAACACAAGGGCCCCUGCUUCAGUCGAGUUCACAAACUUGAACGCCAGCCUCAUUAUCAUAUAUGUUAGCGUGUUUGUAAAAGCGAACACAUUAUCUUUUUGGAGACAUAUCUUUGAAGCUUACCAAUUUUGUUUUACAAUACAACUGGGAAUACACUACAUUUUAUACAAAAUUUUUGUUUUUGUC